CAACAGCCAAAUGAACCAAACGCUACCGUCACACAGCAGCAGUUGAUACUCGCGCGUACAGAAAUGGCAGACGAUGAAAUAGACUACAAUAUCGUGUUUCCAGAUGCGGGGACAUCGGAGAGACACUGGCAGGGGACAAAGGAGCCCGUUGUGAUUUUGUUGGGCUGGGCUGGUUGUAAAGACAAACAUCUGUCCAAAUACAGCUCCAUCUACAAUGAACAGGGAUGUGUCACCGUCCGCUACACUGCUCCCCUGAAGACGGUCUUCAUCUCAGAGUCGUUUGGCUACAAGGAGCUGAGCAGCACGGCCCUCAAGUUGCUGGAGAUCCUGUAUGACUAUGAGGUGGAGAACAGUCCUAUUUUCUUUCACAUAUUCAGUAACGGCGGCUUCAUGCUGUACCGUUACAUUAUAGAGUUGUUGCACAGUGAUAAACAGUUCAGUUCUUUGUGUGUGAUCGGGGCCUUAGUGGACAGUGCCCCGGGCAGUGGGAAUGUCCGCGGGGCCUUGCGUGCACUUAAGGCCACCCUGGGCCCCAAAAUAACUCCUGUUUUAAGGUACGUCCUCUUAGCCCUUUUCGCCGUGACUGUUUUUCUGUUGCGAAUCGUUCUCUACCCGUUGACCAAGUACAUCCACAAGAACCACUAUGACGCAGUGCAGGAGAGACCGCCCACCUGGCCUCAUUUCUACCUGUACUCCAGAGCCGACCAGGUGAUCAGGCACAGGGACAUCGAGCUCUUUGUGGAGACCGUCAAGCAGAAAGGCGUCCCAGUGGACAGUUUUGAUUUUGUCUCCAGUCCCCAUGUCGGUCAUUUCCGGGAUUUUCCUGAGCAGUAUGCUCUCAAGUGCCGCGAUUUCCUGGUGGCUUGCAUGAAGGACUUGGAAGGGACUGAGAUCAAGAAGAGACAGAGGAUUCAGGAUUAGUGAGGCUCGGAGAGAAGCUCGCAAGAUUUUCCUAACCUUCUGUCGAGCAGGCUGAAGAAAAUCAGACAACUUCUUUUCAGUGUUCAGAAAAUGAGGCUAACAAUGUUUUUUGCAAGGCAGCUGGAAUUUAAGCGGAACAAGUGCAAGAUUUUGGAUGUUUUUCCGUCCCAGUGCACAUAAUGGCAAGGUUCCACGGAUGUGAUCUACGGUUCCACGUCUGGAAAAGCAGCUAUCUGACACACUGUAAUUCACAUAGCUCUAAAAUGUGUGGUUCAAAGGCCUAACCCUGCCCACUUUUUUGCAACAGUCACAUACCAUUUGUAAAAAUAAUAAUACAAGCACCUGCUAUACACUGGAAAGUAAAUUCUUUAGAAUACUUUAAAUGGUAUUUAAUAUUGCUGUGAAAUGUGAUGCAUUGUACAUUAGUAGUAGUGAUUCUAAAACUGAGGCUUG